AUGGCUACUUACUCUGAUUUUAAAUUGACUACUGAGUUACCAAGCUACCAAGCUUUGGAAAAGCUUUACAAGCAAUCUGGGAAAGACUUCAAAGUUGCUGAAGCUUUCCAAAAAGAUCCAAAAAGAUUUGAAAAAUACUCAAAGACCUUUGCCAACUUUGACGAUUCUAAAAUUUUAUUUGAUUUUUCUAAGAAUUUAAUUGAUGACGAAAUUUUAUCUCAUUUGAUUCAAUUGGCUAAAGAUGCUAAGGUUGAAGCUUUAAGAGAUGAAAUGUUUGCUGGUGCUCCCAUUAACUCUACUGAAGGUAGAGCUGUUUACCACGUUGCUUUAAGAAAUAGAUCUUUGAAACCAAUGAAGGUUGAUGGUGAAGAUACUGCUCCAGAAGUUGAUUCUGUUUUACAACAUAUGAAGGAAUUUUCAGAUGAAGUUAGAUCUGGUAAAUGGACCGGUUACACCGGUAAAAGAAUCACCGAUGUUGUUAAUAUCGGUAUUGGUGGUUCUGACUUGGGUCCAGUUAUGGUCACUGAAGCUUUGAAAGCUUACUCUCAGCCAGGCUUAAACGUUCAUUUUGUUUCAAACAUUGAUGGUACUCAUUUAGCUGAAACUUUAAAACCAUUAAACCCAGAAUCCACUUUAUUUUUAGUUGCUUCUAAAACUUUCACCACUGCUGAAACUACCACCAAUGCUAACUCUGCUAAAAAAUGGUUUUUAGAUACUGCUAAAGAUUCUGCCCAUAUUGCUAAACAUUUUGCCGCUUUAUCUACUAACGCUGAAGAAGUUUCUAAAUUCGGUAUUGAUACUAAAAAUAUGUUUGGUUUCGAAAGUUGGGUUGGUGGUCGUUACUCCGUUUGGUCUGCCAUUGGUCUUUCUGUUGCCAUUUAUAUCGGGUUUGAUAACUUUAACGACUUUUUAAAAGGUGCUGAAGCUUUAGAUCAACAUUUUGUUGAAACUCCUUUGGAAAAUAAUAUUCCAGUUUUGGGUGCUUUAUUAUCUGUUUGGUAUAAUAAUUUCCAUGGUGCUCAAACUCACUUGGUUGCUCCAUUUGAUCAAUACUUACAUAGAUUCCCAGCUUAUUUACAACAAUUAUCAAUGGAAUCUAAUGGUAAAUCGGUCACUAGAGGUAAUGCCUUUACUAAUUAUCAAACUGGUACCAUCCUUUUCGGUGAACCUGCUACCAACGCUCAACAUUCUUUCUUCCAAUUGGUUCAUCAAGGUACUAAAUUAAUCCCAGCUGAUUUCAUCUUGGCUGCUCAAUCUCAUAACCCAAUCGAAAAUAACUUACACCAAAGAAUGUUGGCUUCUAAUUUCUUUGCUCAAGCUGAAGCUUUAAUGGUUGGUAAAGAUGAAAAACAAGUUGAAUCUGAAGGUGCUAAAGGUGGUUUGAUUCCUCACAAAGUCUUCUCUGGUAACAGACCGACUACUUCCAUCUUAGCCCAAAAAAUCACCCCAGCUGCUUUAGGUGCUUUAAUUGCCUACUACGAACAUCUCACUUUUGUUGAAGGUGCUAUCUGGAACAUCAAUUCUUUCGACCAAUGGGGGGUUGAAUUAGGUAAAGUCUUGGCCAAGGUUAUCGGUAAAGAAUUAGAUACUACUGAAAAAGUCUCUACUCAUGAUGAUUCCACCAAGGGUUUGAUUAACCAAUUCAAAGAAUGGUCUUCUUAA